GGAGGCCGCGGCCGGGCCGGGCCCUGUGAGGGGGAGAGCGGGGGGCUCCGCCGGCUCCUUCCCCAUCCCUCGGACAGCGCUUCCCUGCGGGAACCCCGGGCAUGGAGACCGCGGGCCUUCCCACCAAGGAGUUGAGACUACACUUAGUUACCUGGAAUGUGGGCACAGCUUCUCCCCCUCCUGAUGUCACGAGUUUACUUCAGCUCAACUCAGUGAGCCCCACCACGGAUAUGUACGUUAUAGGCUUACAGGAGGUGAAUUCAAAAAUCACAAAUUUUCUGUCUGACUUGGCAUUUGAUGAUCCAUGGAGCAUUUUUUUCAUGACCGUCUUGUCUCCUUUGGGAUAUAUCAAGCUCUCCUCAGUUCGCAUGCAGGGGUUGCUGCUUCUGAUCUUUGUGAAGCACGUGCACCUUCCCUUCAUCCGGGACAUCCACACCCACUACACCCGGACAGGCCUCUAUGGCUACUGGGGGAACAAAGGAGGAGUCAGCGUCCGCAUGUCCAUCUUCGGACACACGAUCUGUUUCAUGAACUGCCACUUGCCAGCUCACAUAGAGAACACAGAGCAGCGACUGGAUGACUUUGAGAAAAUUCUGGAAAUGCAAUUUGAAGGAGAGAAUGUUCCAAGUCCCUUGGAUCAUGAGGUUCUCUUCUGGUUUGGAGAUCUAAACUUCCGGAUAGCAGAUUAUGGGAUACACUUUGUCAGAGAAUCAAUCAACAACAAGCGUUUCAAUCUGCUCUGGGAAAAGGACCAGUUAAAUAUGGCAAAAAAGAAUGAACCAUUUCUGAAGGAAUUCAAAGAGGGUCCUCUGCAGUUUAAGCCCACCUACAAGUUUGACCUUUACUCAGAGGUCUAUGACACAAGUGAGAAGAAAAGAAAGCCAGCAUGGACUGAUAGAAUUCUAUGGAAAGUGAAAAAUCUCAGUGAGGUUGCAUCAAAAGAAGGCGAAUUCCCUGAAGAAGAGAACCUGAUUUCUGUUACUCUGAAUAACUAUGUCAGUCACAUGAGCUAUGGCAUCAGUGAUCACAAACCUGUCACAGGAACUUUCAAGCUUGAGAUGAAGCCUCUUGUCUCGGAUCCCUUGGUCAUGCUGAAUCCUGAGGGUGAGUGGAGUGCAGAGCAUGAUGUUCUCAUCCGCUAUUCUGCGGUGCCUGAGUUCCCCAGCAGUUCUUGGGACUGGAUUGGGCUCUUCCAGGUGACUUUCAGGCACAUGAAGGAUUAUGUUACUUAUGCUUGGGUGGAAGAUGAUGAAAUUUCUUCCAACAGACACAGCAAACAAGUUUACAUGAGUGCUUCAGAAAUACCUAAGGCAGGAGGAGAAUUUUUGCUCUGUUAUUAUAGCAAUAACUUGCAGUCAAUAGCUGGCAUCAGUGAACCUUUUCAGAUUCAGCCUAGCCGAACACCAGUAGAAAAGGAUCUGCCAGAGGAAGGGAGCAGUUGGCUGCAGAAACCUGACAAUCCAGAAUCAGGAGAUUCUGUGGAGAGCCCGAAGAGCAGUGGGCUUUGAAUUCCAGACCACAGCUGGCGAUUUACUGUGGACCAAGAUCCAGUUUCUUCUAAGCAGGGUGCAUCUGCUGGGCAGCAGCAGCUCAGAGGGAGCCAUGCAGCCUCUUUUCAGGGGCAAGACACUCGAGAUCCUUUGUGUUUGUGGGAGCUGAGAGCCCUCUGUCACUGGACACAGAAGCUGCAUUUUGUAAACUGAUCCUUUGAACCACGGGACUUCCUGGAAAAUGCCCCCAGCAGCUGGGAUUGGAACUGCUUAUGUGUAAGGAGGAUGCUGCACAGAACUCUGCACUUCUUUCUUCAGUAUUAUGCACACAGAGGCACUUUUGUUUACUACUGUUACCUAUGGUAGCUUUUCAAACUAUUCCAUGACCUGUAAUGAUGCAAUUUCUGAUGAAAUUUAUCUUUUCUUAAAACACCUUUAAUUGGAUGUUAUAAUCACUGGAAAUGUUUUUAUACUCAUGUGUUUUUCUUUUCAUGUACCUCUAAAAUAAAUCCUGGCAGUGAAGUGUU